AAUUUUUUUUAAACUUGGAAAUUUAGUAUAAGGCUUCGGAAAAGGAGCGAGAUAUGUUGAAGUUAAUUGUGUUCUGUGCUAUUGUGACAACUGUCCUGUCUGGGAAUUAUGAUCACCACCACCACCAUCAUCAUGAUGAUCAUCAUCAUGCUGCCGAACAUCCUGGUCAUAAAAGAGGACAUGAGCAUUCUUCGUCCUAUCAAAGCUUCAAUAUAAAGGAUGAUCAUUUCCAUUCAAGUCCUGUGCACUCAUCAGAAGAACAAAAACAUCACAAGCACUCUAUCAUCAUAUCUGGAGAAGAUGAUUCAAGAGAGUCAGAUCACUCUAAACCAAAGGUUUGUGCGAAAGUCGGGUGCAUCCGUGGAAAAGUUGAGCCAGGAAGGAAAAAUCCGUACGACGCCUUCUACGGAAUCCCUUAUGCUGAGCCACCAGUUGGAAAGCUUAGAUUAGAAAAUCCACUUCCACAUAAAGGAUGGAAGGGAUAUUGGGAUGCCACCUUCCAAAGGAGUGACUGCACACAGAGAAACAUUUACAUCCAUACGCAACCAAUUGUAGGCUCCGAAGAUUGUCUCUACCUCAAUGUCUAUCGUCCACAUAAACGUCCCCAUAAGCAUCUACCAGUUAUGGUCUUUAUUCACGGUGGAUCCUUCCUAUCCUCAUCAUCUAGUUCUCGUGUAUAUGGUCCUGAGUAUUUAAUGGACAACGGGGAAGUAAUUCUGGUGACGAUCAACUAUCGAUUGGGUAUGUUUGGCUUCCUAUGCUCAGGCGAUGGGGCUGUGAAAGGAAACUUCGGAUUGAAAGAUCAGCAGCUUGCUCUCAAAUGGAUAGCAGCCAACAUUGAAGCUUUCGGUGGUGAUCCACAUUCUGUUACAUUGGUGGGAAUUGGAGCUGGUGCUAUUUCAUCGCAUUUGCAUAUGAUGAAUCCAGUCUCUUCAGAACUUUUCCAUCGCAUUGUUUUAAUGAGUGGAACGGCUAUAUCACAUUGGGCAUUUUCAUACGAUUGGGCCCAUAAAUACCGCUUAAGUGCAAAAUAUACUGGAGAAGAUCAUUGGGAUUCUGCAUCAACUUAUCAACUUGCGCAGCAUUUUAAAAAAUUGGAUCCUCUAAGUCUCGUCUUGGGUGUUGAUAGACUUUUUGCAUUUACAUUAACACCUCUUGCGCCACUGCGUCCAUGCAUAGAAGAUGACUGGGAAGGUGCUUUCCUCAAAGCAGAUCCGCGAAAAUUGUGGGCAGAAGGGAAAUAUUCGCAGAAACCUAUUUUAAUUGGAACCACAUCUGAAGAUGGAACCUUAGCAGCCCCAAUAACAACCAAUCACACACGGUUGCACAUAUACAAUGAAUAUAUUGAGAAACUACUUCCAAUUCAAUUUGAUUUCGAUCCCAAAUAUGUUGGUGAUGUUAUCAAAUCCUACCUUGGAAAAGAUUACAUUGAUGAGAAAAAUGUUGGGUCGUAUUAUCAGCUCAUGGAAGAUAGGACCUUCGUUCACCCAGUGAUUACAGUCGUUAAUCAACACGUUAAAAAUGCAAACAUACACAAGAGUCCAAUUUUCAUCUACGAAAUGGGAUUCAAGGGCCCACAUACCUUUGUAGAAGUCUCUACGGGUUUGGAUAUUAAUUUAGGAGUUAGUCAUUUCGAUCAACUACUCUACCUCUUCAAUAUGCCUGAGCAUUUCCCAACAUUCGAUCCACAUUCACCGGAGGGUUUAAUGGCCGAAGCUUUUGUUAAAACUUUCGUACACUUUGCAACUCAUGGAGAAGUGAAGGAAUGGGCACCAUUUGAACCGUGUAACAUUCACACCAAUAAACCCUUCUGUGAUCGUCAAAUAUUUAAGAGAUUAGAUAAGCAUGGACCGGAUACGUAUUUGCUGGAGUCAGGAUGUCCUCAAGUGUGGGGAUGGUUGGUAUAA